CAUAUGUUUACUUUCGAGUCACUUUUAAUGUAAAAAUUUAAUAUUUUUGUCGCAUUUUUGGUAAAACCCGCACUUGCACGAAACGUAAAUUCCAAAGAAGUGAAUGUAAAGGCACGAGGGAAUGGUAGAUCCACUGAAAAUUGUACUUAGGAGGGAGAGUUAAUAAAGAAUUAAAGGAAUCGAUAUCCAAAAAAGAAGAAGAAGAAGGAAAAAAAGAUGUACGUGUAAUGAAGUAAUGUACCCCGUAACUAGAGUAUGGAGCAAAUAAAAAAUUUAUCAGUCGGAUGAUAGGCUUUCGUGAGACAGGACGUCAUUUUUUUUUACAUCACACACAUAUACAAGUAGCAUUUUUACUGUAAUUUGGGAUCAAUAUGACCACAAGCAGCCGUCCCAAGGGUGCUCUUGCACAAGCCCUUUACUGCAAAUUGAAUCACGACCAUCUCAUGGACACGAAUUUCGAUUAUCAGUCGUGGUAUCGGUUGGGUCCCGAUAUUCCAGAGCAUCACAUUUGCCCGCGAUACAAAAAUAAAUUCAUCGAAAUGUCCAUUGAUGAUGCGACACAAAAGUGGCUCGAUGAGGCGCGUGAUACUUCGUCAAAGUUAUGGACACAAAUCUAUCACGUUCUGGCACGUCUCUUUCUCGGCCUCUUUUUGACACAAACGGAUCUCAAUGGGUUUCUGCGUCGCGGCUCGAUGUUUGUCUUGUCCGAGUACCAAUUCAAGCAUUUGUUGAGUGCAGGCGGUUUCAAUCACAAUUUCGCAAAGAAUCAGCAAAUGAUCGAUAUUUUGGAUAUUGGGGCGGGAGAUGGUGCCGUUACGGUGCGCCUCGCAAAGUCUGUCAUCAUGUCAGGCUCGAACAUUUUGCUCAAAGUUUUUUGCACGGAAACGUCGUUUUUCAUGCGAGAACGCUUGGCAGAGCGAAAAUUCACUGUCGUCGAUUCGAUUCGCGAUGCGGAAAAUGUGCAUCUCAUUGCUUGCUUGAAUGUGCUCGAUCGAUGCGUUGAUCCUUUUGAGAUUUUGACGGACAUUCAUGAAACCCUGGCGGUAAAUGGUCGCGCAAUUUUCGCUCUUGUUCUGCCAUACAAUCCGUAUGUGGAAAAGAAUUCUUCUCACAUGCCAAAUCAACUGCUGCUGCCCGACAGCUGGACGAAGCAGCGACACGGGGAACACGUGACGCUCGAAUCGGAGGUCGUCGAGUUCUUUCGGCAACUCGAAAAGCACGGCUUUGUCGUCGAGGCAUGGACAAAAGCGCCUUACCUGUGCGAGGGAGAUAUCAGACAAUCGUUUUACUGGCUCACGGACAUUGUGGUUGUGGUGUCGCGCUCCAUCGACAAACAUCAUGCCUCGUGCAGCUCCAUCCGAAUGCCUCCCUUCUAACCGUAACAUUUCGCAAAAAAUCACACACUUUUCAUACCUGAUGGCACGCCGCAGCAGCAAACAACCUGAAUCAUUCCUUAUUACGUAUAAAAACUGUUAACUUUUUAAGAGAACGAAGAUUUAUCGAAAAAAAACAUAUUUAGAGAAAAAGAGACAUAUAACUAGCAAAUAUGUUGAAAAAAAAUAUUCUAGUUAAUUAUAUGAAAAAAUUAUAGAGAAGAAAGUCCUGAAAACUAUACUUUUCUAAAUAAAAAAAAAACACUUAAUAAAAUGCAUUUAGUACACCAAGCUAGCUGAAACGAAUACACACUUAUUGAAUAGUUAAAUAAUAAAAAAUAAAUCAAUUUAAAAGGAAAUAAUGAUGUUAAUCAGGAUAAAGUUAUACAAAACAGUUUAGAAAAAAAUAAAU